GUUGCGCUACGAAGACGGAUGGUGCUUGUGGACAGCACGGGUACACACACACGGCGAUCCCUUGGCAACGUGUGUCCAGGUUCUUUCCAACACGGAGAUGCCCAGCCCCAAGUGGACCCUCCCCGUUUGCGUCGACGCAUUGUUCUGAAGGUGAGCUCCUGCCCCGCCCCGAUGCAUCUCUCUGCAUCCCAUUCCUCCGAUCGAUCGUCUUGUCGUUGUGCCGUCUGCUUCACUUGCCGGUUGAAUUGUUUUUCGAGGCUGCUCGUCGUGUGAUGCGGUGGAAAUUGAGGUCGAAUUCUCUUCUUCCGUUAGGGUUGGGGUCUUAUCGAUCGAUCUCUGUUCUCUGUCCUGCCGCUCUCGCUCGGGGAUUUAAUCGAGGAGAUCUUGUGGAUUUUUUAUCGUGAUGGUUGAAAGAGCUGCAGGCGAGCGGUGAUUUCGCCUGUUGGUAGAGCGGUGAGAGAGACGAUUUGAGGGAGAUGGGGAGCAUUCAGAGGUCGGCCAGGAGUGCGACCCGCGCAGCUCUGGCAUUGCACAAGUCGCACAGCAGCAAUGUUUCAGUAGCUGCGGUUCAGAGAGCUUUUAGUGCUCAGGCCAGCGCUCCACCUCCAACUCCCCCACCCGCAGCAACUCCUCCACCUCCGCCACCAGCUCCCGAGAAAACCCAUUUCGGGGGACUUUCGGAUGAGGAUCGCAUCUUCACCAAUGUUUAUGGGCGUCAUGAUCCAUUUCUGAAGGGUGCCAUGAAGCGUGGGGACUGGCAUCAAACGAAGGAGCUCGUGCAGAAGGGCACCGAUUGGAUCGUCGGUGAGAUGAAGAAGAGCGGUCUCAGAGGAAGAGGAGGUGCAGGAUUUCCGUCGGGUUUGAAGUGGUCUUUUAUGCCCAAAGUUUCUGAUGGUCGUCCUUCGUACUUAGUGGUGAACGCCGAUGAGAGUGAGCCUGGAACGUGCAAAGAUCGUGAGAUCAUGAGACACGAUCCACACAAGCUGAUUGAGGGAUGUUUGAUCGCGGGAGUAGGCAUGCGCGCUAGGGCUGGAUACAUUUAUAUCCGAGGAGAGUACGUCAACGAGAGGAACAAUCUGCAGAAGGCUCUUUCAGAGGCUUACGCAGCUGGAUUUUUGGGAAAGAAUGCUUGUGGUUCGGGAUACGAUUUUGAUUUGUACAUUCACUACGGUGCCGGAGCUUACAUCUGUGGAGAGGAGACUGCUCUUCUCGAGAGUUUAGAGGGGAAGCAGGGUAAGCCGAGGCUGAAACCUCCCUUCCCAGCGAACGCGGGUCUCUACGGAUGUCCCACUACCGUCACCAAUGUUGAGACAGUUGCUGUCGCACCAACAAUUUUGCGUAGAGGUCCCGAAUGGUUUGCUAGUUUUGGACGAAAGAACAAUGCAGGAACGAAGCUGUUUUGCGUCUCAGGACACGUGAACAAGCCUUGUACUGUGGAAGAGGAAAUGAGCAUAUCGUUGAGGGAGCUAAUUGAAAGGCACUGUGGUGGAGUGAGAGGUGGUUGGGACAAUUUGCUAGCUGUUAUCCCCGGAGGAUCGUCUGUACCGCUCCUCCCGAAGAAUAUCUGUGACGAUGUCCUCAUGGAUUUUGAUGCGCUGAAAGCAGUGCAAUCUGGUCUAGGAACUGCUGCCGUUAUUGUUAUGGAUAAGUCUACAGACGUUGUGGAUGCGAUUGCCCGACUUUCCUACUUCUACAAGCACGAGAGCUGCGGCCAGUGCACACCCUGCAGGGAAGGGUCUCCGUGGUUGUGGCACAUGAUGGAAAGGAUGAAAGUUGGAAACGCAAAGCUUGAGGAAAUUGACAAGCUGCAGGAAGUGACAAAGCAGAUUGAGGGCCAUACCAUCUGUGCGUUGGGUGAUGCUGCUGCAUGGCCUGUUCAAGGACUUAUUAGGCAUUUCAGGCCGGAGCUUGAAAGGAGAAUACGUGAGUAUGCCAAAAAGGACCAGGAAUUGUUUGAAGCCGCCGCUUGAUUGAGCAACUUGAGAAAAGCUCUCGCCAUCAACUAGAAGAGGAGUGGAGAAGUGCAAAUAAGUCAUCACCAUUUAUGACAGGAGGCUAUAUUCAGUCGGAACAUUUAUUCCUCCAGCCGGAGCUUUGGGCAAGUACAUAGAUUUGCUGUUUGUUGCCGGAAACCUGCUGAGCUGCGAUAAAAGCUCACCUUUCAAGUGACGCUGCAUAGCUGGACUGGAUUGGUGCAAACCAAUCAAUAAUUCGAGAACAUAUCUUCUUUCUAAAUUGAGAUUUUGAAGAUCCUGAUACCUACAGUGGGCAGAAUUAUGUAUGUCGCAAGAGUCUGAGCCUCCUUUGCUUCGUUUGCCAGAAUUAAAGUCCUCUGAGGUGACUUCGAUGCAUCGAGUUAUACUUUCAAAUCCUCUUGAAGACUUAGACUUUAGGCUUAUGCCAAAUCUCUUUGAUUCAACUGCUGAUUGACUUUUGAUUUCACUUCAUCGACUCCUUUUAACUACGCGGACACUAGUCAAUUUGGCCUUGAGUAGUCUUGUCUUGUUUUAAGAAUUGUAUGUCAUGGCUUCUAUUCUGUCAAAUGUACAGAUUUACUUGAACUCAAAAGGCACUGGGAAUGCUCCAGCUAGGCUCUGCAUUCUCUACAAUUUCAGGUGUUGUUAUUUCGUGUCCAGUAUCGCAUUGUAAGGCAAGUUCAUGAAUGCACC